AUGGCAUCAUUAUCUGUGCAGUUGACUGCGCCAAACGGCCGCGUCUGGUCGCAACCGACCGGCUUGUUUAUCAACAAUGAAUGGGUCAAAUCUUCUGACGGCGAGAAGAUUGCAACGAUCAACCCGGCCACCGCAAAGACCAUCACAUCGGUCUACGCAGCUUCCACUCAAGACGUUGACAAGGCCGUCAAAGCUGCGCGCGCCGCCUUGAACCACUCCAGCUGGCGUGAUUUGCCGGGAACUGAGCGUGGCAAGUUGAUGAAUCGCCUGGCGCAGUUGAUUGAGGAUCACCGCGAGACGCUGGCCACCAUCGAGACCUGCGACAAUGGAAAGCCCUACACCGUGUCGCGAGACGACGACUUGACGGAAACGGCAGAGACGAUCCGCUAUUACAGUGGAUACGCUGACAAGACCUUCGGUCAAGUCAUGGGAACCACUCAGGAUAAAUUCGCUUAUACGGUCCGUGAACCGAUUGGCGUUUGUGGUCAGAUCAUUCCAUGGAACUUUCCUCUCUCCAUGGCCGCCUGGAAGCUGGGCCCUGCCCUUGCCUGUGGCAAUACUGUCGUCUUGAAGCCCGCCGAGCAGACGCCCCUCUCAAUUCUGUACCUGGCAAAUCUCAUUGUGGAAGCCGGCUUUCCUCCCGGUGUCGUGAACAUUGUCAAUGGCCACGGGGCCAUCGCCGGCGCGGCUCUAGCCUCCCACCUGGACGUGGACAAGAUCGCAUUCACCGGCAGCACCGCCACAGCCAAGCACAUCAUGAAAAUGGCCAGUGUGAACCUCAAGAACAUUACCCUCGAGACAGGCGGCAAGAGUCCUCUGAUUGUCUUUGAUGACGCGGAUCUCGAGCAAGCUGUCGAGUGGGCCCAUAUCGGCAUCAUGUACAACCAAGGCCAAAUCUGCACCGCCACCUCCCGUGUUCUGGUCCAAGAUACGAUCUACGACAAGUUCCUGGCUGCAUUCAAAGCCCAGGUGAAGAAUGUCUCCAAAGUGGGUGAUCCCUUUGAUGAAUCGACGUUCCAGGGCCCCCAAGUCACCCAGGCGCAAUUCGAUCGUAUCAUGUCUUACGUCGAUAUUGGCAAGUCCGAGAAAGCCACCCUCACCCUUGGCGGGAAACCAUACAAGGGUGUUGGCGAUGGCAAGGGAUUCUUUGUCGAACCGACCAUUUUCACCGAUGUCUCCCCGAGCAUGCGCAUCUACCAGGAGGAGGUCUUUGGACCGUUUGUGGUCAUUGCGCGCUUUUCCACGGAGGAACAGGCGAUUGACAUGGCCAACGAUACCACGUAUGGGUUGGGAAGUGCACUCUUCACGACAAAUUUGACGCGCGCGCACCGUGUCGCUAAGAAGAUUCAGGCGGGGAUGGUCUGGAUUAAUUCCAGCAAUGACAGUGACUGGAGGAUUCCGUUUGGAGGUGUGAAGCAGAGCGGUAUUGGUCGGGAGCUUGGUCAGGCGGGGCUGGACGCUUAUUCGAAUAUUAAGGCGAUCCACGUCAAUAUGAAAUCGAAGUUGUAA